AUCGACGCCGAGUCAGAGACAUGGCGCCCACGCGAUGCCGACCCUAACCGCAACUUUCACCUUCGACUUGUACCACCCGAGUCAUGAUGCUCAAGUCACCAGCCCUUAGCACUUGUUCUGACGUUACUUCAAAUAUGCAUCGCGAGUCUUUCUUCAGACCACGAGACAGUGACGAUCUUUUGUCCGUUUUUCUCCGUCUUGCCAUCGCUGUCUACGUCGAGCAUCACAGUCGUUGAUGACGAAGUUCGCUGCCUUCACAUAUCACAUCUUGCAUCGCCACGAGACAACAACAACAACAACAACAACAACAACAACAACAACAACACUCGCAUCGCAUUCGAUGCAACGUCCAGGCGAGACUAUCAUCGCCUUUGUUGAUGAUCAUUACAAACAACGCGAGGCUUCGUGGCCAUGCUCACGUUCAUGCCGGCCCAACUUCGGCAUCCGACUGUGUUGCCAGAGUCACCGGCCCAGGAACAUGUCCAGACGUUGCAUUAGACGCAGACCCUUGACAGGCUGGUCUCAUGUUGGCCGCUGGGCAUGGCAAUCAUUGACACCUUAUAUGCUCCCCCGCCUUUCUGGCUUUGGUUCGACUGCCACGUGACGAACGUCUCCCUCGCCCUUCAAAGCAUUCAAAACCUCUACUGCGGCCAGGUUUCCUCGAAAGAAAACCCAUCAACAGCAUCGCCAAAUCUAGAACCUUGUGGCGCAGAAAA